AUGAGCACCCCAGCAGUGCCCCGGGAGCUACAACUGCCCCCGAGCCAGCGGGCCCAGCCCGAGUUCAGAGAACAAAGAAGACAGAAACUCAAGGAACAUAUGUUAAAAAGAAAAACGUUUUUUGCAUACAAGGAGGAAAAUCACAUAUCCAGUAGUAGAGACCAGAAAGUGAUGACCUCUGAGGGCCAGGUCCAUGAAGAGACAAAAGUUCUGAAAUUUAAAACAAAAAUGGCUGGUAAAGAAAAUGUCAGUAGACCUCCCGGGAGCAAAAAUAAUAUAACAAUGGAAAAAAAUUGUAUUCCUUUAAGGCCUUCUAAUGAACUAACCAAUUCAACUAUAGCAAUUGAUACACCUAAUUCUGAGGAUAAUAAUCAAACUGGGCAGUUGGUACCAAUUAAAGGUGACCCUCCAGGUCAACACAUGACAUUAAGCCAAGUGUUUCAUCUUAAAAACAACAAUAAAAAGAAACAAAUAAUGACAGAAAAACCAAAGCAAGAUGCUAACAUGUCCAAGAAGCUUGUGCUUGGAUCUUACCGUGGCCAAAUUGUUCAGUCUAAGAUUAAUUCAUUUAGAAGAAAGCCUCUACAAAUCAGAGAUGAGAGUUCUGCAGCAAUAAAGAAACUUUCGACUACAGUCCCUAAAGCUACAGAGCCUCUGCGCACAAACAGCAGCAGUGUGACAGCGAAAAGCGAUAGAGCUUCUAACGUGACGACUACCACUAAACUUGUGAGCACUACAAUUCAGAACAGACAGCUUCUGCGACCUCCUAUUAGAAGUCACCGCGACAAUGCUCAGGACGCUGUGAGACCAGGCAUCAGUAGAAGCUCGGCCAAUGUUACGAUGCGGAAAGGACCUCGAGAGAAAGAGUUAGUGCAAUUAAACACAGUUUCAUCUAGUGCCAAAACCGGUUCUCAGGAUAUAGAAAGAAAGAAGACACUAACAAGAAGCGUGAAGUCUGAAAUUGUAGCCAGGCCUGUUUCGUCUUCUAACACCAAACUGAUAGAAAAGUCGAAAAACGUUGACCCUCGCAGACAUACAAUAGCAAAAGCAACUAUUGAUAGAUCAGCGCAGCCCAAAGAAACAGCAGAAGAGAGAAAAGCUCGUCUGAGUGAGUGGAAAGCUGGCAAAAGGAAAGUCCUGAAAAGGCCUCCUAGCUCAGGAGUUACCCAGCCUGAGCCUGAAGGGCAACACGAAAACCCAGUUGGGUCCUUUUGGACUACCAUGGUAGAAGAAGAUGAACAAAGAUUAUUUACCGAAAAAGUGAACAAGACAUUUUCUGAAUGCCUAAACCUGAUUAGUGAGGGAUGCCCAAAAGAAGAAAUAUUGGUCAUACUGAAUGACCUGAUUAAAAAUAUUCCGGAUGCCAAAAAGCUUGUUAAAUAUUGGAUAUGCCUUGCACGUAUUGAACCACUCACAAGUCCUAUUGAAAACAUUAUCACAAUCUAUGAGAAAGCCAUUCUGGCGGGCGCUCAGCCUAUUGAAGAGAUGCGACAUACCAUUGCAGAUAUUCUGACAAUGAAGAGUCAAGAAAAAGUUAAAUAUGGAGAAAAUGUUGAGGAGGCUUGUGCAACCAAGGAAUACAUCCAUGAAGUCAGCACUGAAGAUAGAGGGGUUAAUCUAGAGUCAGGAAAACCAGAAAUGGAAAAGAAAACUAGAAAUGUGGUAUUCCAAGAUGAUGAAAAAGAGGAAGAUGACAAAACAAACGAUUCAACCAAUGAUGUUAAAACCCCCAGUACAGAAACCAGGGGGAGUUGCUUAAUUAAAUAUAAUGUGUCUACUACACCAUACCUACAAAGUGUAAAAAAGAAGAUACAGUUUGACAAUACAGAUUCUACAUUUAAAGAGCUAAAGUUUCUAACACCAGUGAGACGUUCUCGACGUAUUCAAGAGAAGACUUCUAAAUUGCCAGAUAUGUUAAAAGACCAUUAUCCUUGUGUGUCUUCAUUGGAACAAUUAACAGAGUUGGGAAGCAACGUGGAUGAACAACUUUUAAAACGCGCCCUUAGUAGGCCCGGCUACUCCGAUAACAGCGCCUCCCGCCCAACCCGGGGACCUUCCAUCACUGGCAACCCGAGAGACGACCUGCUGGGCCCGCCCAGCGGAAACGCGCGGACGCAGAAGCCGGCUCGGGUCGCCGGGGAAGCUGGUAAGCGGUGCUGCCGCCAGGCACGGAGACUCUGGAAGAAUGAGCGCGACCGCAGUGGCGGCCUGGGGCCCCUGGAGCGGGCGAUGCCCUCGCGCGGCGGGGGCGAGCGGGAGACCGGCUCUCGGCGCUCGAGGAUCCACACCCCAGCUCCGCCCCGGGCCUGGGCCGCUCGCCCGCAGGUCCCCUCCCCCCUCUCCCUCGCAGCCUUGGGUCCUUUGAGCGCCCGGCGCCGCGCAGGUGCACCGCAGGUGCAGGUGGAGGACUGCGAGGUGGCACGGAUUCUCCCGGAGGAAGGAUUUGGGCGCGGCUGGCCUCCCGCAUGGUGCGGUCACCGCACGCGACCCCUUCUAAACUUGAACGCCAAGGUUUUGCACCCGUGCUCCCAUUUCUGGCCAUUUGCAAAUCACUUUUACUAG